UGGCGCCGUCAGCACCGACAGUAGAGAUAGAACCAGUCGAAGAAUGGGUCCGGUGUUCCAAAAUACCGUGCGCUGGAUGUUUUUUUGAGCCGGCGCCUGGUGCGGGUGCAACGCGUGCCACGCGGCCAUCUCACUGAUUGCUUUGGAAGAGGACGCUGCCAUUGCGCGUGCGGCAUGCACCAGUAGGGCGCAUGUACCGACAGAGGGCUUUUGCUAAGGAUCGGGAUCAGCUGCGAAAACUCCGUAUUUUGCAACGAUGCAAUGCUAGGAGAUGCACGCAGACAGUAGGUAUCUCUUUGUGGACUGCUAGGUGAAACCAUAUCAGCUCGAGGAAAGCCCGGGCCCAUGGAGGGCCUGGCGGUAGAAGUGGGCGGCUCGCCCGAGCCAUAUGCCGUAGCAGAUUCGGCGCCGGGUGUCGCCAAGCGCAGCUGGCAACAGCUGCGGCAGGCUGUGCGACAGACGCGCUGCCGCUUGUAUGGCCUCGCAUCACGUUUGCCCAGCAACGUCGCCUUUGGCAAGGGCCGGCUGUACUUCCUCAGCCCUCUGACGGAAGGGCGAGAAAGCAGCAUUCACUACGUUGAUCUGCCUCCACUUCAAGCUCAAGGCAGCAGCGCCGAGGCCACUGGCUUGGCUAGCAGUGGCAGUGAAGGUGAAACAGGAGCUGGUGCAGCACCAAGCUCGGCAACUGCUCCCGUGCUCCAGUGGCGCCCUUUGCUGGACCCCAAGUUCCACAGAUGCCACCCGCCCGGUCGGCUGUCGCGGGAGGAGCAGCUUCAGUGGGAGCGUCGUCGCCUCAUGGCUUGGGGCAUCACAACUUUCGACCACCAGAAUGGUCGUUUCGUCUUCCCUGCGGGUGGCUCUCUCUUUUUCUGUGAUGACAUGCCCCAGGGUGGCCCGCACUUCCCGGUGGAGCUGCGCACUUCUUUAAGCUGUGCCCGCCUUAACGCACAGCUUUGUCCCUGCAACAAUGAUGUCGUGGCCUUUGUGGCAGCAGGUGACCUGUGGGUUACUCACCUCGGCUCAGGUGCUGAGGCACGGCUUACACACACGCGCUCAGAAGGGGCCAGUGUGUCGGAGAGUCCAAUCAGUGUGGGAAUACCGUCCUACGUCACCCAGGAGGAGUUCAACCGAUACGUCGGCUUCUGGUGGUGCCCCACCAUUGACGCUACGGGGACGUACCGUAUCCUCUACGAGAUAGUGGACGAGAAUGAUGUGGAAGUUCUCCAGUUGCCUUCGUUUGGGGAGGAUGGCGUGGCUGGCACAGAGGAGCACCGCUUCCCUCGUGCGGGUUCACCAAAUGCCCGCUCCUCACUUGCCCUGGCACAGUUUGCACUCUCCCACACUGGACAGUUCGAGCAGGUGUGCCUGCUGUCCUUGACGGAGCCCCUGUCAUCACUUUCACCAAGUUCGGAGUACCUUCUAAGAGCUGGCUGGACUCCUGACGGCUCUGCGGUGUGGGCUGAGCUUCUGGAUCGUCCACAGCAGCGACUGCAGCUACUGCUGUUCCCACUGAGUAGCUUCCAACCUGCUGAAGGAUUGCAGCAGGCCUCUACACAGUCUCUGCUUCUCUGGCAGGAGAACUCGCAAGUCUGGAUCAAUGUGCACGAUGUGCUGAUCUUCCUGCGGCCAGAAUCCCCCCAGGAGCUGCGCCUUCUGUGGGCCAGUGAGGAGUCUGGCUUCCGGCAUCUUUACCUCCUGAGGCUACGCACAGAUGGCCAGGCUCCCUGCACAGCCCUUCCGUUGCCAUCAGGACACGGUUCUGAUCGCCUGGUGUCGAAGACCCAGCUUACCUCUGGGGAGUGGGAGGUGUCUGAGAAAGAUAUAUGGGUGGAUGAGAGCAGACGGCUAGUCUACUUUGUGGGACUCAAGGACACGCCUUUGGAAAGGCACUUGUAUGUGGUGGGCCUUGAUGGACAACUACCUGUGUCGAGGCUGACAGAGCCAGGUUACUCCCACGGUGUCUUUGUUGAUCAGGGGUGCAGCAUGUUUGUUACAGUCAAGAGCAGCCUGAGUGAACCACCCUGGAGUGCUGUGUACAGGCUGAGCCAGUCGGAGGAACCAUCAUGUCCACCAUCACCACACCUUGUCGCUGUCUUGAUGGAGCCAACAAAAGCUGUUGUGAUGCCUCUGCUGGAUGGUGCCAAUGCUCGAGGAUACCAAGAACCAGAGCUUUUCAGUCAUACAAUCUCAUCAGGCCACCUAGUGUACGGCCUGGUGUUCAAGCCUGCACACUUGGAGCCCCAGCGUCGCUAUCCCACUGUGCUGACCAUUUAUGGGGGACCGGAGGUUCAGCUCGUUACAAACUCCUUCAAGGGCAUGCGUUGCAGACACCUGCGGCAGCACCUCCUGGCCUCCGAGGACUACGUGGUCGUGGUACUGGAUUGCCGGGGAUCACGGCAUCGUGGUAUCGACUUUGAGUCACAUAUCAAAGGCCGAAUGGGAACGGUUGAAAUAGCAGAUCAUGUGGAGGUGCUGCAAUGGCUGGCCCAGGAGAAGGAAUACAUUGACUUGUCCAGGGUGGCAAUCCAUGGCUGGUCUUAUGGUGGCUAUCUGUCACUGAUGGGGCUGGCGCAGCGUCCAGACAUCUUCAAGGUAGCCAUCGCUGGGGCACCGGUCACUUCGUGGGAGCUCUACGAUACCGGCUACACAGAGCGCUACAUGGGUUCCCCUCAGGACAACCCUCAGGGCUACAGAAGGGGAUCGGUGCUCUCCUAUGUCUCACAGCUGCCGAGUGAGCAGAAUCGGCUGCUCAUAGUGCACGGCCUGAUGGACGAAAAUGUGCACUUCACACACACCAGCCAGCUGGUGGCCGCACUUGUCAAAGCGGGAAAGCCUUACCAGCUUCAGGUGUACCCAGCCGAACGACACAGCCUGCGCCACUUGGACACUAGCGAGCACUACGAGACCACCUUACUCAGCUUUCUGCAGGACAACCUCUGACUCUGCCAAGAGAUGAAAUCGCUGCAGAUCCAUUUUUUCAUGAGGGUUGAAAAACCGGAGCUCUCAACCCUGAGCAGUUGCUUUGCCGUGUCGCGGCAGUUGUUCGCCCCACUUUUCUGGUUGUGGAAGGCAGUGGAAGGUGUUCGUUCCUGGCUGCCAUGUAGUAGCCCUGCUUAUUGGCUGAGCGAUACCUUUCCAUGCUACAGGGCGGCACACGCAACGAAUGGGAGCCUCUGUCGAGUGGCUCAACGUCGUGCUUACAGAAUGCAGGCCGAUGCUGCUGUGGUCGUUUUAUGCUUGUGCUUUCCCAGUGAUACGACCUUUGCUGUUUCAGCUGGUGCUGUGGUAGCGCAGCUUGGGCCGGCCAUUGUGGCCCAAUGGCAUGAGUUGCAAGAGGCCGUAGCUCUCGUACCGCUAAGCUGCCAUGUCAUUGACUCUGCAGUAUCGGAAGGGAAAGAGCUUUGGUUGACUCACCGAGUGUGUCAUAUGCCAAUCAGCAUCGAUUGCUGGAUGCAGUCACUAACAGUGUGCAUUCUUGUCAGCGAGUGAACUUUUCUGUGCGAUUCCCCAUCUGUGCCUGGUGAUAACAGUGACUUGCUAGGUGUGACUUUUAACAUGACAAUUGUGUGUAUUAGUGAUCAGGGGAAAGCCUGCUCUUGUGAGCAGGUUUUUGCAGUCUCUAAGGCAGGGGAGUGUGAAUGUGUGCAUCCCGACUUUUCCUCAACUAGCGGCUAUAUUUUAUUACAUUUAAAAAUGUAGGUAGGUUCUGCCGGCCGCAGAAGUUUGCCGGAUCUGCAGCGCGUGGCUGAGCGACGAAAAACUGCAUUGCUUCGUGACCUACUGUGACAUGGCGAGUGUCGAGGAUAUCAGCCGCAGCGUCCACAAUAAGAUCCGGCAUUGACUAAACGCCCCAUUUCUAAUCACGGAGGCCCAUAGCCUCAACACCCGCCGUUUCUCGUUAGGUGACGCACCGAUGCAGUUUUUCGUGGCUAGGCUGCAGAUCCUGCAAACUUUUGAGGCUGACAGUAGGUCUCCCUAGCAUUCUUUACAGUGUGUGAUAAAAGAGGCGGCUCACUGUGAUGUGCAUGAGAGUGCGGACCUUUGCAUGCCAAUUCACAACACGCUGAUGCGACCAAUGUUUCUUUUUUUUUUAGUCAUAUCCCCUGUAUGUGUCGGAAUGACUGUGCCAUGGACUAUCGUGUAUGCCAUUAAUCACAUUGCAAGUGCAAAAGCAAGAUUAAUACUUGGGGAGCUUAACUAAUGUUUUUUUUUUAUUUCUUAUUUAUAAUGAUGGUUGCUCCAGCAUGCUAGGAGCUAAGUUGUCAUCGGGCUAGUACUGUAGAGGUGAAACAUUUAAUUUGAAUGAUUGGUCAGUCUGUAUGAUAUCAUCAAUGUAAUCAUUCAAUAAUCUUCUUAAAUGAAUUUGGGAAGGUGCAAGUUUUUACAAGGUCAUGGUUAAUGACGUGCAAAUCUGAUUGCUGUGUCGUUUCAGUGAGGUGAGUUUGUGGAUAUGUUCUUGUGUACUAGUUAAACAGUAAGAGAAGAAAAACUGAAAGAAGAAAUACAAAAUUUCACCUUCUUUCCCACAAUUUAUCUUACUCCGUGCCAUCAAUACUUCUGCUGCAUGACUUUUGCCUGCUGGUUGAGCAUGAGAAAUUGCUGCGGCACUUAAGUUUUAGUCCAGUUUUUUUUUGUGAGUUGACAAGUCAGGUGUUCUGGAAGAAAAUAAAAAAAGCUAUUUAAACUACUUCAUGCUUUAAUAGGCAUUCUCAUUUUCUCACAUUCUAAAUUUUUCAUACUGUUAAGACUAGCUAAUUUUUACAUUUGUAGAAAUAGUUCAUUUAGCCAUUAUGUUUGUCAUUCUUUUUGUUUUUAAGAGAAAUAUGAAUUAGGAGGACUCAACAUUUUAUGUUGGCAUGGCUAUGUUCUUUCAGAGAAUCAAUGGAUUUGUGUUUUUGCUUGCUGUGUCAUUUCUCUAAACAUGCAUGCUUGAAGGGAAUAGCAAUGUCAUCAUAGAAUAAAAUAGGUAUACUGUGCAAAACAAAUAAAAACAACAAAAUACAGAAUUAUUGAACAUUUAUUUUGAGA